GUGUAAGCUCGCCGAAUAUGCCUUCGCGCGAUUUGCUUGUCAACACCGGGAACAUACUUUCCCUGAGCGAGGCGAAGCAGUUAGCCAGCCAAAACACCACCGAUGAGUUAACCGAGUCGUUGAAAAUUAUUUUAAAGGAUGAACAGAACAAGGGAGACAGUGCGACAGUUAUUAAUGGAAAGGAAGAUACAAAUAUGCAGGAUGUUGACAGGAAAGAUUUGAAGAUUACUACUAAAGUAUUUAUUUCCUCGCCUAAUGUUGAUUUAUUGAAGGAAGCAUUGGACCAAGCAUUUAAAGCACUACGUACAAAUACCAUAGAAUCUUUAGUAAUAGCUUACAAAACGGAUGAGAGCCCGGAGGAUACAUUGUUGUCAUUGAAACAAAUAUGGUCUGUGGUAGAGAAAUAUGUGAAAGCUGACAAAUUGUUCAGUGUCGGAUUGAGCGACAUUAACACCAACACGUUCACGGAUCUAUUCCACUGGGCUGAGGUAAAGCCAAACAUAGUACAAAUUAAUUUAACUGCCUGUUGUGUGGUGCCGCCAGCCUUGCAAGAAUUCACUAAGCAAAAUGACAUUCAAUUACUAACGCACAGCGAUCCAGCUGAAAUACUUCCUCAAGAAGUGUUAGAGGAUAUAUUCGGCAGCACUGCCGCCUUGCACUGGCUGCUAAAGUAUCAGGUCUACUUAAAAUGUCGUGGAAUAUUAUUGUCAAAGGGAUACUUAUUGCACAUUAAAAAGCCAAAUGUUCAACCUUAACAUUAAUAGUAUUGCUAGAUUUAUGUCUGUUGUGUAGUAUACGAAUUGAUACGGUAUAAUGUGUGUAUCUGGUAUACACAUAUUAUAUACAACAAUAUAUAUAGUUUCAUAUUAUUUUUUAUUACAUACAUAUUUUACACAGAAAUAGAAAUCAUUAAGCUUUCUUAUUAUUAGCAUUUUGAAUUCAUGUAUAUAUUUAUUAUUAUUGUUAUUAUUAUUAUUAUUAUUAUUAUUACACGUGUUGUAACAAAUGUAUUUUAGAUGUGCCUUACUUUUUAAGUUCGUAUCAUUAGAGAUCUCACGAGCUUUUGUAAACUUUUUGCAUUUUUAUAUAGAACAGCUGUUAUACUUUAUGUCAGUAGACGUUACCAACUUAAUUAUACAAUUAUCAUUAGAUAUUGAAAAAAUGUAAAUUAUUGAAGAAAAAUAUAUAUUGCGCAAAUA